UCAAACUAGAUCGUGUCAGAGAGGCGCUGGUGUUGCUGUUUUUUUCUUUUUAUCUCGGCUCUAGAUUUAUCCACUUUUUCUCCACUCAGCUGCUCUUUCUACUCUGUUUCUACUAUUAUUGCACAACUGAAAUCAAAUCAGAAACAUCCCGUGAUCCUCUUCUGCGCCCUUGACAUGGAAACACCUCAACUUUGUGAACAAAGUCCUGUGAAUGUUUGGUUUAGAGGAAAAAACCUCCACAGUUGUCCAACGAUGCGAGUUUAGCGCAGGUUGCGGAAGAUGUGCACAGAAGUUGAUUUUAAUUCAGCCGGCUGGAUCCACACAAAGAUAAGACACCGGGGGAAAGUUUUUAAGAGUUUCUAAACCCUGCUGGUCUCUGUCAACUGGAGGAGGAGGAGGAGGAGGAAGAGGAGGAGGCCGACAUGAGGCUGUGUAACCGGGGUGUGAUGAUGCUGCUGACCACGGCGGGGGCUUUCUGCGCCUUCAGCCUCAUGACCAUCGCCGUGGGAACGGACUACUGGCUGUACUCCCGCGGGAUGUGCCGCUCCAAGAGCCAGAACGACAACGAGACCGUCCGGAAGAACGAGGAGGUCCUGACGCACUCAGGUCUGUGGAGGACCUGCUGCACUGAGGGAACAUUUCGGGGCGUUUGCAAAGACAUCGAUCACUUUCCUGAAGAUGCAGACUAUGAGCAGGACGCUGCAGAGUAUUUACUACGAGCAGUGCGAGCCUCCAGCCUCUUCCCCAUCCUCAGUGUGGGUUUAUUAUUUCUCGGAGGUGUGUGCGUCGCUGCCAGCGAGUUCUACAAGUCGCGCUACAAUGUCAUCCUCAGCGCGGGUAUACUCUUCGUCUCUGCAGGUCUCAGUAACAUCAUUGGCAUCAUCGUGUACAUAUCAGCCAACUCAGGUGACCCCAGCCAGAGUGACAACAAGAAGAGCUACUCCUACGGCUGGUCUUUUUAUUUUGGAGCUCUGUCCUUUGUGCUGGCUGAGAUGGUUGGCGUCCUGGCAGUGCAUGUGUUCAUAGAGAAGCACAGGCAGCUGCGCACUAAAGGCCGGCCUUCACUCAUUAAGCCGCCCAUCUCCCGCACCUCAUCUUACUACCGCAACCGUUACUACCAUAACCGCUCCCGCCGAUGCAGUUACAGGAGUAACCACAGUGCCGGGGACUCGACAUCACACUCCUUUCGAGCAUCCUUGAUGCGAGACCGAGAGCCGUCCAUCUCUGCUGAAUCCAAGGUCGUGCCAGGUGUGCCGACAAUGGGCUCAGACUUCAUGCUCUACACGUUGACCUCGCCUCUGAAAGACGGUAAAAUUGACAUGGCUGUGGAUGAUUUAACCACUGCAGCAGCUCACAACAACACAGAGAUACUGCCUGGAAACUGUGCCGCCAACAGAAGGACCACACCGGUCUGAGAGACGAGGAACAGGAGGAGGAGACGGUUAUAACAGCAACUCAAACAUCUAAUUAGAGGAAGUUGUUUCCUUUUCUCAGAGAAGAAAGAGGAAAGUGUUUGGAGACUGAAGCAACCUGUAUCUAUGAUUUACUGUUGACAAGCUCUAAGAUGAAGAAAUGAAGUAAACAAGAACACAAUUUUGACAUCGAACAUGUUUGUGCUCUUUGUGUGUCGUACUGCUAUGCUAUUAAAGUAGCUAUAUCUACAGUAUAUCUGUAGUGUGUGUGCGGAUGAGUGUGUAUAAUAACAGGAAUG